AAAAAAACAACAAAAAUGCUGCUCAAAAAAUAUAUGAAAACGCGUCGCAAGGUGAAGAUUUUAUUGCUGGUGACAAUUGUCACUCUAAUUGUGAUCACCUGCAUCAUUUUACUCGGCUCCUCGGGCCAGAAUGGAGCGACAGUUGAACGUUUGCUGGACGAGCGAUUCAUACAACGUGCCUAUCAGCCACAAUCCGAGCAGCAGCAGCAGCCAAAGGAGCAGGCGAUGGUGUUGCAAUCACAUCGGGAACAUGGCGUCAUUGUGCCCGAGAAAUAUGAUGAGCAAAAGAUCAAGUCGCGCAUCAUUCAGAACCGACUGCAGCAGGUCAAACAGCAGCAGCAGCAGCAGCACGAGAAUGCAGCGGAACAGAUGCGCACCACAAUGGAGGCAGUGGCAACGGCUGUGCACAUCUUCUAUACGGCACCGGUGCCGUGGUACAAGUCCAAGAAGCCACCACAGCCACAGCCGGAGCAUCCCAAUGAUGUGGCACUGCCGCUAACAACGCCAAAACCCGUGAAGGUACUCAAUACGGCCUUCUAUCCGGCGCUGGGUCUGUACAAGCCCAGUGCCAAGCUGUUGGGUCAGCAUUUCGAAAAUAUUCGCAGCUGUGGCAUUGGUGUGCUCAUCCUCAACUUUGUGCGGCCCUCGGAUCCGGCGCUGUUGCAUCAAAUCAUUGAGAUGGCACCGCAACACAAUCUGAGCGUCACCUUCGAACUCAGCGUCGCUGGCAAUCGAUCCGUGGAAUUUGUGCAUCAACAGCUCCAGGAUAUUGCAGGGUACAUCGAACUGCCGGGCUUUUAUCGGGUGUGGAGUCAAUCUCGGGGAGCCCUAUUGCCGGUGCUCUAUGUCAGCAAUGCAUACAAGCUGAGCGAGAGUCUGGGCCGUCAGCUGUGCCGGCCACCAGAAGCACCAGCAGAAGAGCUGCCGGAGAAGCGAAUUGGACAUGGAGAUAUGGGCAGUUUGCGGCGUGUGCUGGAUGCAUUUUACAUUGGGCACAUCAGACUCAAGAGCCAUGCGGAUGUUUUGCGUCGUUUGUGUUUUGAUGGCUUCUACAGCAAAUUGCCGAGCAAUGGUGCCGUCUUUGCCAGCACCUGGAAGAAUUGGUCAUAUCUCAAGUCCUAUGCACUGUCCUAUAAAAUGCUGUUUGUGCCCACCGUGGGUCCCGGCUUUGCGGAGCGUAAUAAAUUUCCACGACACGGCGAUAUACAACGGCACAGAAGCAAUGGGCGCUACUAUGGUGUGGCGUGGCGCACGGCCAUUCUCAAUCAUGUGGGCUUUAUAAAUAUUGCCAGCUACAACAAUUGGCCCGAUGGCAGUCAAAUCGAGGAGGUUGCGCCACGUGCUGGUUUCCUUGAUUACAAUCCCGGCUCGAGGACCAAAUAUCUGGAUCUAACGGCACAUUGGGUGGGCAAUUUUUUGAAGACACGCCAGGAGGCGGCGGGUGCUGCUGCCCAGAACUGUUAUGAGCUGCUCAACAAUACGAUUUGUUGAAGCUGCAACAUGCAAUUCGUGAUCUUUGAAGAACUCAUAUCGGGAAAAAUCAAUUUGUUGCCUUACCCAUGUGGAGCAGUCCGUCAGUCGCCCUAAAGCUUCCAUUUUGAUGAUGAUUGUAUUGAUGUGGGGCAAAAGCGAUGUGGAUGCGAGUGCGUUUACUUUAAAAAAGCAAUCAAUUGCAAUUUGCCACGAAAUUACUUUCUUAAUGUUAAUAAGUCUUCUACAACUUAAUAUCUGCCUAUAUACUAGCAACCAGAACAAUUAUCUAUGUAUCUGCCAAACAAGAAUAGAAAAGAAAAAAACUAUGUAAAGUGCAAGCAAUAUUUAACUAGGUAAACAUAAUUAACCAAAACAAAGUCAGAACAAAUGUUUUACAUACUUUUUUUUGCAUUCAAUUAGUGUUAAAUGUAGUAAGAUGAACAACAAUAUCAUAAUGCCAUUCCAUAUU